GGAGGCGCCGCGGGGAUCCCGGGGCUGCCGAGGGCCCCUGACUCUGUUCGCCCUGGGAACAUGGACCGAAUGGCCAGCUCCAUGAAGCAGGUACCCAACCCGCUGCCCAAAGUAUUGAGCCGGCGUGGGAUUAGUGCUGGGAUGGAGGCUGCGGAGCGCGAGAGCUUCGAGCGGACUCAGACUGUCAGCGUCAAUAAAGCCAUUAAUACGCAGGAAGUGGCUGUGAAGGAAAAACAUGCCAGGACGUGCAUCCUGGGCACCCACCAUGAGAAAGGGGCGCAGACAUUUUGGUCCGUGGUUAAUCGACUGCCUCUGUCCAGCAACGCCAUGCUGUGCUGGAAGUUCUGUCACGUCUUCCACAAACUCCUCCGCGAUGGACAUCCAAACGUGCUAAAAGACUCUCUGAGAUACAAAAAUGAAUUGAGCGACAUGAGCAGGAUGUGGGGCCACCUGAGCGAGGGGUACGGACAGCUGUGCAGCAUCUACCUCAAACUGCUGAGAACAAGGAUGGAGUACCACACCAAAAAUCCCAGGUUCCCGGGCAACCUCCAGAUGAGUGACCGGCAGCUGGAUGAAGCCGGAGAAAGUGAUGUCAACAACUUUUUUCAGCUUACGGUGGAGAUGUUUGAUUACCUGGAGUGCGAACUGAACCUCUUCCAAACUGUGUUCAACUCCUUGGACAUGUCCCGCUCGGUGUCUGUGACCACAGCUGGGCAGUGCCGCCUUGCACCGCUGAUCCAGGUCAUCCUGGACUGCAGCCACCUCUAUGACUACACUGUCAAGCUGCUCUUCAAGCUCCACUCCUGUCUUCCAGCUGACACCCUGCAGGGCCACCGAGACCGCUUCAUGGAGCAGUUCACAAAGUUGAAGGAUCUGUUCCAGCGUUCCAGCAAUCUGCAGUACUUCAAGCGGCUCAUUCAGAUCCCCCAGUUGCCUGAGAAUCCACCCAACUUCCUCCGCGCCUCAGCCCUGUCAGAGCACAUCAGCCCUGUGGUGGUGAUCCCAGCUGAUGUGUCGUCUCCAGACAGCGAGCCAGUCCUGGAGAAGGAUGACCUCAUGGACAUGGAUGCCUCCCAGCAGAGUUUGUUCGACAACAAGUUCGAUGACAUCUUCGGCAGCUCGUUGAGCAGCGACCCCUUCAAUUUCAACAAUCAAAAUGGCGUGAACAAGGAUGAGAAGGACCACUUGAUUGAACGCCUGUACAGAGAGAUCAGUGUGCUGACAGGACAGCUGGACAGCAUGAAGGCUGAGAGCCAGCGGGCCAUGCUGCAGUUGAAGGGCCGCGUGAGCGAGCUGGAGGCAGAGCUGGCGGAGCAGCAGCACCUGGGGCGGCAGGCUACAGAUGACUGCGAGUUCCUGCGCACCGAGCUGGACGAGCUGAAGAGGCAGCGCGAGGACACGGAGAAAGCCCAGCGCAGCCUGACUGAGAUAGAAAGAAAAGCCCAGGCCAAUGAACAGCGGUAUAGCAAGCUAAAGGAGAAGUAUAGCGAGCUGGUUCAGAAUCACGCUGACCUGCUGCGGAAGAAUGCAGAGGUUACCAAACAGGUGUCUGUGGCAAGGCAAGCCCAGGUGGAUUUGGAAAGAGAGAAGAAAGAACUAGAAGAUUCUUUUGCCCGUGUAAGUGAGCAGGCCCAGCGGAAGACUCAGGAGCAACAGGAUGUUCUGGAAAACCUGAAGCAUGAACUAGCCACUAGCAGACAAGAGCUCCAGGUCCUCCACAGCAGCCUGGAAACCUCUGCCCAGUCAGAAGCGAAGUGGCUGACGCAGAUCGCCGAACUGGAGAAGGAACAGGGCAGCUUGACGACGGCCGCAGCUCAGAGAGAGGAAGAGUUCUCAGCCCUCCGAGACCAGCUGGAAAGCACCCAGAUCAAACUGGCCAGUGCCCAGGAAUCCGUGUGCCAGCAGAUGAAGGACCAGAGGAAAAAACUCUUGGCAGGGACCAGGAAGGCUGCGGAGAGUGAGAUACAGGAGGCGCUGAGCCAGCUUGAGGAGCCCGCCCUCAUCAGCUGUGCAGGGUCCACAGAUCACCUUCUCUCCAAAGUCAAGGCUGUGUCUAGCUGCCUCGAGCAACUGGAGAAGAACCAUAGCCAGUAUCUGGCCUGCCCAGAAGACAUCGGUGAGCUUCUGCACUCGAUGACCCUGCUUGCCCACUUGACUAGCGACACCAUCAUUCAGGGAAGCGCUACCAGCCUCCGGGCCCCGUCCGAGCCAGCCGACUCUCUGACAGAGGCCUGUAAGCAAUAUGGCAGGGAAACCCUGGCCUUUCUGUCCUCCCUGGAGGAAGAUGAAGCCAUGAAGAAAGCCGACAGCACAGCCAUGAGGAAUUUCCUCAGCAAGAUCAAGGCCAUUGGCGAGGAACUGCUGCCCAGGGGCCUGGACAUCAAACAGGAAGAGCUGGGUGACCUCGUAGACAAGGAGAUGGCCGCCACUUCAGCUGCCAUCGAGGCCGCCACCACCCGGAUAGAGGAAAUACUCAGUAAAUCUCGAGCAGGAGACACGGGAGUCAAGUUGGAGGUGAACGAAAGGAUCCUUGGUUCCUGUACCAGUCUGAUGCAAGCCAUCAAGGUCCUCGUCGUGGCCUCCAAGGACCUCCAGAAGGAGAUCGUGGAAAGUGGCAGGGGUACUGCAUCCCCUAAAGAAUUUUAUGCCAAGAACUCUCGGUGGACAGAAGGACUUAUAUCUGCCUCCAAAGCUGUUGGUUGGGGAGCUACGAUCAUGGUGGAUGCUGCUGAUCUUGUGGUCCAAGGCAAAGGGAAGUUCGAGGAACUGAUGGUGUGUUCACACGAGAUUGCUGCCAGCACAGCCCAGCUGGUGGCUGCGUCCAAGGUGAAAGCUAACAAGGGCAGCCUCAAUCUGACCCAGCUUCAGCAGGCCUCGCGGGGAGUGAAGCAGGCCACGGCCGCUGUGGUGGCCUCAACCAUUUCCGGCAAAUCUCAAAUUGAGGAGACAGACAGUAUGGACUUCUCAAGCAUGACACUCACCCAGAUCAAACGCCAGGAGAUGGAUUCUCAGGUUAGGGUUCUGGAGCUGGAAAAUGACCUGCAGAAGGAGCGUCAAAAGCUAGGAGAGCUUCGGAAGAAACACUACGAGCUGGCUGGUGUUGCCGAGGGCUGGGAAGAAGGGACAGAGGCAUCACCGGCUACUGUUCAAGAAGCAACACCUGAAAAAGAGUAGAGCCACGCCAGCGCCCCACACGUCAGAAUUCUUUGCAUUUUGUCAUUCGCACAAACUUGUGAGCAUCAGAACUCCGCUGGAUUGCAAACCGGACUGCCACCCGAAUCCACAGGCAGAGGGACAGGAGUGUCCUGGCAGAGAGCGCCAGAGCCGCGGCCCCCCCCUCCACACUACACUUUUAGCAGUUGGCGGAUCCCCUCCUGCUUCCUAUUUGGUGGUCGUUUGGUUAUUUUGGUUUUAUAUUUUGAAAGUUUCACACGGCCAACUCUCCCAAAAAGGGUUCCAGCCCCCACCCCCACCCCCAUCCUGAGCUCUGAGCCUUCUGAGAGGAAGCCCCCACACACACCACAGUGCAGCUCAGGCUAUGCCUUGGUGUGCCAUCUCAGCUCUCUGUCAGUCAAGACCACGCCCAGAGUGACAGCUCUCCUCUGAAGUCUGAAGCAGAGCUAGUGCCUUUAUUGUCUGACCCCGGGUGCCAUCUCGGGGCCUCUGUCCACCUUCACAAGCCAGGGAACACCAGAGGUUUAAAAAAAAAAAAAGAAAAGAAAAGAAAAGGAAAAAAAAAAAAGGUGCCAGGGGCCCAGCAGUGCAGGGGACAUUUUCUUAGGAGCUCAUGUGACCAGGUUUACCACCCCAUCACAUGCCGGUAUAGAGCUGGUGUGAGUAGCAACACUACAUCCCCCAGAGCCGACUUCCUGUGCCAUGGACCACCUCCCAUCAAACCUAGGCAAGGCCCUAAGAGGGACAAAAGGGACCCAGAAGUGGUUCCUUUUCCAGCCACCUGCUUCUGCAUCCUACUGAACCAGAUAAAAGAUGGUUCCGUGUGCUACUUCUUCCACAGACCCACUUGCUCCCAUCAGGAAGGGAACUCGGCUCAGGGUAGGACUCUUCGUAUUUAUUACUAACGAUCUUCAUACAACACCUGCCCAGGGAUGCUUGGGGCAAUCAGGCCCGAGGGUGACUGACUAGGCUUGCCCUCUGCCGUCAAGUCUUCACAGACCACAGAGCAAAGAGCCAUCUCUGGUCAUUUCUGGUCUCGGAUUCUAAAGCAGGCAGGUUCCUCGAGGAAUAGAGAAGCAGGGAAGAGGAGGAAGGGGACCGCCGGCUGUGACACCAUCUCUGCCACGCCCCACUCUUGCUCCCCUGAAGACAGGAUGGAGACAGAAGACAUCCCGCCUAGACACUAGCAGCCGGACAGCAAUUUGCCACUCGCAACUGGAACCGCUGAGCUGAAUGAAGUGGCCUUCUGAUCUGUAGGACGGAGCAGGGAGGUGGCGUCUUCCUUCUUGAUCUGUGCUGCUUAGGUGGCAGCCAGCGAGCACGUCCUUAAGCCUGUCCCCUGUGGGACACGGCUCGGCUUUGCUGGGCACCGGGUGGUGAGGCUAAUGUUUGAUCACUGUGAAUCAACCCCCUUCUUCUUGUUCCACCCGCCCCCACUCUGUCCCCGAGUAUUUUCUAAGCUGGCACUCCGGGAACUCCCAGCAACGCAGACGGCUGCUGAGACACGUGACCUGCAGUAGGAAUGGCCCAGUCUGGUGUCGGAAGAAUGUUUCUCUGCUUAGCAUUUCCUGAGUCUGAGGACCAGAACAAGCAAUGUGUGGCAUUGUUGGCCGUUUCUGCCCAUGAAGCCAAUCCAUGUGCUCACUGCAGGUCAGCUUUUCCAAAGGUGACCGCUAGCAUCGAACCACGCACACACAUGUCCCAGCAAGAGGAAAUCAAACAGCAACAGAGCAGGGCUCGUCUCUAAAACCCUAAUAAUUAAGCGAAACAGUCAAGCGUCCCAGCACGAGGUGAAUCAACAGCACAAGGGUCCUACCUGCUCAGCGUCGCAUCAGAACUGUUUAGUGUGAUUCAAGUCGGGAAUUGCCUUUCUUUAGCCAGGCCUGGUAGUGCACAAGGCCUAA